AUGUUCUUCUUCGGCUUUGGCAAGCUUAUCUAUGUUACUGUUCUCAUGAUCAACGCCAUCGCUGUCCUUUCCGAAGAUCGAUUCCUUGCUCGCAUCGGAUGGGGUCGCACGCAAACCGAGCCGGCCUUCGGCGCAUCCCACGAUAGCACCAGCGUGAAGGCGAGGCUGGUCAAGCUGAUUGACAGCGUGCGGACACUCAUGCGGAGUAUGUCGACCCUCCCCUCCUCCAGGUCUUUACUUCUUGUGCUUCUGGAGAGCACUCUUCUCUGGCGGGAGCCAUAG